CAAGCUGGGGGGGCCCUUCGUGUCUCGUCACCGUGACACAUCACGGAACAUCGAGCUCACUUAUUCAAACAUGCUCGAUCGACGAACGCUGUGACACAUUUUCCUUUUGCAAAAUAGUGUUAUCGAUGUUAAACAUCUAAUAUGCAAUACGAAUUUCCGAGGCAAUUGUAAAACUCUUACAAAUUAGUCGCUCGAAUAUGCAAAAUGUUCACCAUUAUUUAUUUACAAGAAUUACAAUGAUAAAUAAUAAUUCUUUUUUGCACGAUAAAUCUAAUGUGUAAACAUAAUAAAAGAUCACGUAAUAAUGAUGCCGAAUAAUGUUUCGGGUACAGUGUCGACGAACAAAUACGUUCGAUGUUAGGUAAUAAAUAAGUGAUCAUUGAUUUGGAUAGAAUUUUAAAAAGUGGUUAAUAACAAGUUGAAUAAUAAGAUCUAUUGAAAAACAUUUGGAUUUUCACAGAACUUGUAAUAAAAUAAUUUGUGAAACAUGGAGGGAAAAGUUUAAGAAUAUUCUCAUCUUGAAAAUAUUUUCCGCCUCGAUUGGAGAUUCUUAACGAUUCUUAUGCAUAUUACAUGCGAACUGAUUCCCACAGUUUCAUUUGAAUAGAAAAGUACAUUAACAUUAUUCAACAACUUUUAAUAAGAACGAUUAAAAAAACAAAAAUAUGUAAAUUUAAACACUCUUUCAGAUUUCUUCUACGGAACAAAGUCGAUCAACUUUCCUCGAAAAUUUUCCCUCCUGUUUUGUCGCGCUAUGUGUAUGCACGAAAACGGAAAUGAUAAACGAGAAAAAAAGGAACGUGUUAAAGUUUUCAAGUAGAACGAAUAUAAUGUUUUUUGGACAAUUGUAGUUGACAGAUUUACAAUAUAUUUCUGUUUUUGCGCAUUGGAACGAACGAAAAAGAGAUAUUUUGAACUUUAAAAUAAAAUGUUUAUCAAUUUCUCCGAAAUCCGCGUUAAUGUUCGAAUCAUACUGUGUAAAAAGGGAUAUAAUAACAUCGUGUAUCAAAAUAGAAAUAGUUCAAUUUGAUAGUGGACGAUUCAUAUGAUUUUUGUCAUUAGCAUUAUUGUUGGGAAGAUGAAGGAAUGGUCUUGAUCUUUUUGAUGAAUCGAAAUGAAUGUAGGUUGUCAUUGUCAACCCAGAUGAGUUAGAAAAACGCGCAAGAUUAAUAGGAUAAUCUGUGAGUGAUUUUUUUUUUUGCUAUGAACAUCGCUCAUUGCUCUCGAGAGAAAAUCGAAGGUCGUUUUCCAAAAAUUUUUUCGCGAUAAAAAAUUUCGAAUCGAACAUUCGUUAUAAAUUGAAAAUACGAACGCGAAAAUUUAAUGAAAGUUUCGAACAAAUUAACAGUAAUGACGAUUAAUAAGAUCUUUAUUUAAUCGAAUUUGUAUCACGAUCAUCACCAUUUUAAAUUCCAUUUUAAAUCCAACGUGAUGUUAUAACAAUCGAUUCAUAUCGAUUAAAAUUUCAAUCAAAUUACAAUUUCGAGUCGAUAAACUUAAGUUUUCCUCUGAGAAUUGGAUCGAUAUCAUCGAUAUCUCGUUCCACAAGGGAAACGAAUGUCGGAAUUUUCAAUGGUAGUUUAACGUUCUAAAAGCCACGUUAAUUUGCUUGGUAAUUAAGAAUAAACACGAAACUACGUUUAAUAUUAAUUUUAAUCACAAAAUACCUUUUACCACUUUCUGACAAUUUUAUCACAAUCUCGUAAAAAAUUAAUCGAACUUUUUCCCUAGAGCCGGUCAAACGUUAAAAUCGAAAGGGGAAAAAAAGGAGGGAAACAAAACUUCCCUUUAAACGAGGUAAAACAUGUUGGCGAAUUAUUUGUUAUUUUUCUAUUUCUCGAAUGAACUCUCGAUUUCGAUCUUUUUCAAGAAAGAACAAGACAAAAAGAAUAAUAUUCUACAAUAUUAAUUACAUAUCAGAUUUAUCGUCAACCAGUCUGUUCGAGAAAAAUCAAAUAAAAGAAGAAGGAAACAGAAAAGAUUUCCAUCUAAAAGAUAGAAUCGGAUAAAAGCGAACUCGUGAAUCUUUCUAUUUGUAAACCAUUUGUUACAAAAAUUUCAUUUGUUAAAUCGACAAUUGAGGAAUUACAACACGCGGCAUCGAAAACUUUCUUCGUUUAUCAAGCUUAUAUGAUUUGCGACAUCGACCGAGAACGAGAAGAAAAAAAAUGAACGUUUUUAUUCAAUAAUCUUUCCCAAUAAUUCCCCUUUUCCACUAAGAAUUAAAUCAUCAUUUUAAUAGUUCGCGAUGCUGGAUCGAAUAAAAGUCGAAGCAUCGACGAUUUUCGCCUUAUAGGCGAUGACGCUGGUGAAAAAAGGAAAGGAAAGGAAAGGAAAAAGGCGAGAAGAAUUAUCUUUAAUGUCAUGGAAAUUGGCGGGAAAUAGGCAAAGUGAAUCAAUCUGAAGCGAUAACUUUUUCACUCGCAAGCUUGUAUUUCUCUCUUUUCUUCGAUCUCGAACAUUAAAAAUUUCUCGAGAAAAUGUGGAACCUGAGAACGUUCGAAAUGAAAAUUUAACGCGACAACAUAGCGCGUAAAAGGAAAUUGUUUACUGAAUUGUAAAAAGGAAAUUGUUUGCUGAAUUUUUCCCAAGAGAGUGACGUGUUAUCGAUAUCGAUGUCUAUACUCGCGUAAACGACAACAUUCUCUCAAACAAAAAAAAAAAAAAAAAAAGAAGGAAGAUGCAUCCGUUCGAGCCAAUAAUUAUGACGUGGUUGGGAUCGAUGGUAUUCGCGUUAAUCGAUGCCACUGAUUCGGACGAUUAUCUUUUAGUGGAUUACACCGAUGAAUCUGAUUACAAUGCCACCAAUUGCACCAAUAUUUACUGCAUCUCGAACGAAGAGUACGUGGAUCGUAUGAUGAAUUACAUAUUUCCCAAAUUUUGGGAUUGGGUGCUGAUCGCGUCGCACAGCAUCGUCUUCGUCAUCGGAUUAAUUGGAAAUGCCCUAGUCUGCAUCGCCGUUUACAGGAAUCAUACGAUGAGAACAGUGACGAAUUAUUUUAUCGUCAAUUUGGCAGUGGCCGAUUUCCUAGUUUUAUUACUUUGUCUUCCAUUCACCGUGUUAUGGGACAUCACGGAAACCUGGUUUCUUGGUUUAACCUUGUGCAAAGCUGUACCGUAUCUCCAGACAGUAUCCGUGACUGUGAGCAUAUUAACCCUAACUUUUAUAUCGAUAGAUCGAUGGUACGCGAUAUGCUUUCCGCUGAGGUUCAAAUCUACCACAGGAUGGGCAAAAAAUGCGAUCAUCGGAAUUUGGACAAUAGCUCUUCUAUUUGAUAUUCCAGAUCUUGUGGUGUUGCAUACCGUCCCACCUACUCACAUCAAAAUAAAAACGAUUUUAUUCACACAAUGUAAUAUAUCCUGGAGUAAAAAGAAUCAAGUCGUCUUCAUUAUCGUCAAAUUAAUUUUCCUCUAUACUGGACCUUUGAUCUUCAUGAGCGUAGCGUAUUGGCAGAUUGUAAAAGUCCUUUGGAAAAGCGACAUUCCAGGGCAUAAUUUACCGUCACGAGCAUCCCAGACGAAUCAGAUUCCAACAUCCGGUGGCGGAAAUCCGGAAGUGCAGCUGAGAUCUCGAAAAAAAGCAGCAAAGAUGUUGGUCACGGUGGUCAUCAUUUUUGCCAUUUGCUAUUUUCCCGUGCAUUUACUCUCCGUUUUAAGGUAUACCACUACAUUGCCAUCGAACAAAUGGAUAAAUGCCAUCAGUUUAAUCGCGCAUGGCCUAUGCUAUUUCAAUAGUGCAGUUAAUCCUCUGAUCUACAACUUCAUGAGCGGGAAAUUUCGAAAGGAAUUUAGGCGUACAUUUCGCUGUACUCGAGAAAAUAAUUCUCGCAUGCAACGCGGACAUCUUGCGACAACAUCUAAUUUUCCUCGAAUUAAAACUCGGAUUAUGACGAUACAACGGACAACGUUUAAAAAUAACAACCUUCAACGAAACACCGAAAUUAUACCUCUCAGUGCUAUAACCAGCAUUCAACAAAACGAAAAACACGACUGAUCGUAAGCAUAUACCUAUAUUAGUCAUUAUGAUUAUUAGACGCGCAAUAAGAUUCACAAAUAAUUUAUUUACAUAUAAUUUGAACUUUAAUAUUAAGAUAAUAGAUAAAUACAACAAAAAUUAUAUUUUAUUCGAUAAGUAACAAAAAGAACUUGAUAAUCAUAUUUAAUUUUUAAAUUUGUAAAAAUUGUUAGAUACUUUUAAUAUCCAUUGAAAUAUGAAUUCAUUAGAUAACGAAACACUGAGCUAUCUAAAAUGUACUUACAAUAUUAAGAAUUA